UGACAUUUACUGAUUGAGGUUAGAAUUGCACGCGAAUUUCUAGCGCACUGUUUUUGUUAUGAAAGUUUAAUAAUAAUAUCGCAAUGGCGAAAACUCCAUCAAAAAUAGCAUACCCAUACAAGAAGACUAACAAAAAGAUAUAUGCACCGCCCAAGGCUCAAGAAACUCCAGAUUCAAUAUAUUGGAAGAAACUUGGGUUGCCGGUCCUUGUCAAAGAAUAUGGAGCCAUAGACUACUUGGACUUUUGUCCAGUGCAGCCCUAUUAUUUUGCCGCCACAUGUUCCGUUAGAGUUCAGGUCUAUGAUCCUAUAACUAAAGUAGUUGCCAAGAACCUGUCUCAAUUUGUAGAGGGUGCUUAUGGAGCAACCUUCAGAGGUGAUGGCCGUCUCCUGGUGGCAGGCAGUGAAGAAAAGGUGGUCAAGCUGUUUGAUGUCCAAUCCAAAAACGUACUUCGGGUGUUUACAGGACAUACUGCACCGGUACACAGGACAUUCUUUACAAAAGACAACUUAAAAGUUCUUAGUUGUUCAGAUGACAAAUCAGUUGGGCUUUGGGACAUUGCUACAGAAGCCCGAGUUGCCAACUUUAUAGAACACACAGAUUAUGUCAGAGCAGGUGCCACAAGUCCAAUCUCACCAGACAUCAUUUUAUCUGGUGGCUAUGACAACAUUGUCAAAAUGUAUGACUGUCGGACAAAUGAGACUGUACUCACAGUCAACCAUGGAGACCCAAUAGAGUCUACACUUUUCCUACCAUCCGGAGGUAUAUUUGUAAGUGCUGGAGGCACACAAAUCAAGGUUUGGGACAUUUUCAAUGGUGGAAAACUACUCUCUUGCAUUUCAUCACACCACAAAACGGUGACAUCCUUAAGGUUGUCCAGUAACAAUAGUAGGCUCAUAUCUGCAUCGUUGGACAGGCAUUUGAAGGUCUAUGACAUUUCAACAUUUGGUGUUGUUCACAAUAUUGACUUCCCUAAUGCAAUUCUUAGCAUGGCUAUAUCUGACCACGAUGAUGUCCUGGCUGUGGGGAUGGUUGACGGUGUUAUAUCCAUCAGCAAAAGAGAGCAUUCAAAGAUCAAGAAAAUGGAUACAGAUGCAGAGAACAAAACAAGUUUUAAAUUUGUAUCAGACUUUAAUGCGCUAUCUAACAUUGAUUUAUCAGUAACCAAGGAAAAGAUUGCAGCUGAACCCUUGAUGGAGAAAUAUUUAAGGAAACAUGAGUACUCUAGAGUACUCGCUACAACUCUUUUAACUGCUUCCUUAUAUCCAACUCGAACUGUUGCUAUGCUCCAAGAACUGCUAAAAAGGAAUGUCUUUCACACAGCUUUGGGUGGCAUAGAUGAUCAUCACUUAUACAAAUUACUUAAAUUUAUAGAGAGAAAAUUAGGAGAAACCAUGUCGAACCGAACAUUGAUUGAUGUUUUAAAUGUCGUCAUUGAUGUAUAUGGCAACCAAGUACAUCUAUUGACUGAAGCCAACCAGAUUCUCUAUAAAAAUAUUGCAAAAAAAGUUGAAGCAGAAAUUGAAGUGUGUAAAAAGGUGAGUGAGCUGGAAGGAGCUAUUAAUAUGUUAUUAGCUGGAGCUCAAGUGGGUACAACUCCUGUAGACACUAAUGAGAUUCUAGCUCCCUCAGCUGUUGCUCAGAAAGAAAUUGUUAUUGAUGUAUGAUUAAAGAACUAUUAAAAAU